AGCAGGCCGAAAGCUGUUCCCGGUUUUGUAGACUCUUGGGAUCGCACUGGGGUUUCCUUUCCGCGCCCGGUCGGAGUUGUAAAGCCUUUGGAACUCCGAGAUCUGAAAAUGGGAUGCGCUCUUUCUUCGGUGACGCCUGUUUUGGAAUCUGUCUGGAGCUAGGAGCCCAGACAUCCGCCCCUCCGCCUUGAAUGGCACCGCCGACCGGUUUCUGAAGGAUCUGCUUGGCUGGAGCGGACGCUACGGAGCCAUUCCGUAGUGCCAUUCCGAGCAACGCACUGCCGCAGCUUCUCUGAGCCUUUUCAGCAAGUUUGUUCAAGAUUGGCUCCCAAGAAUCAUGGACUGUUAUUAUAUGCCUUGUUUUCUGUCAAGACACCAUGAUUCCUGGUAACCGAAUGCUGAUGGUCGUUUUAUUAUGCCAAGUCCUGCUAGGAGGCGCGAGCCAUGCUAGUUUGAUACCUGAGACCGGGAAGAAAAAAGUCGCCGAGAUUCAGGGCCACGCGGGAGGACGCCGCUCAGGGCAGAGCCAUGAGCUCCUGCGGGACUUCGAGGCGACACUUCUCCAGAUGUUUGGGCUGCGCCGCCGUCCGCAGCCGAGCAAGAGCGUCGUCAUCCCGGAUUACAUGAGGGAUCUUUACCGAAUCCAGUCUGGGGAAGAGGAGGAGGAAGAGCAGAACCAGGGAACCGGACUGGAGUACCCCGAGCGUCCAGCCAGCCGGGCCAACACCGUGAGGAGUUUCCAUCACGAAGAACAUCUGGAGAACAUUCCAGGGACCAGUGAGAACUCUGCUUUUCGUUUCGUCUUCAACCUCAGCAGCAUCCCAGAGAAUGAGGCGAUCUCCUCUGCAGAGCUCAGGCUGUUUCGGGAGCAGGUGGACCAGGGCCCUGACUGGGAAUGGGGCUUCCACCGGAUAAACAUUUAUGAGGUUAUGAAACCCCCAGCAGAAAUAGAGCCUGGACACCUCAUCACACGACUACUGGACACCAGAUUAGUGCACCACAAUGUGACACGGUGGGAAACUUUCGAUGUGAGCCCUGCAGUCCUUCGGUGGACCCAGGAAAAGCAGCCCAAUUAUGGGCUAGCCAUUGAGGUGACUCACCUCCACCAGACACGGACCCACCAGGGCCAGCAUGUCAGGAUUAGCCGAUCGUUACCUCAAGGGAGUGGAGACUGGGCCCAGCUCCGGCCCCUCCUGGUCACUUUUGGCCAUGAUGGCCGGGGCCAUACCUUGACCCGCCGCCGGAGGGCCAAGCGUAGUCCCAAGCAUCACCCACAGCGGUCCAGGAAGAAGAAUAAGAACUGCCGUCGCCAUUCACUCUACGUAGACUUCAGUGACGUGGGCUGGAAUGACUGGAUUGUGGCCCCACCAGGCUACCAGGCCUUCUACUGCCAUGGGGACUGUCCCUUUCCACUGGCGGAUCACCUCAACUCAACCAACCAUGCCAUUGUGCAGACCCUGGUCAAUUCUGUUAACUCGAGCAUUCCCAAGGCCUGUUGUGUCCCCACUGAACUGAGUGCCAUCUCUAUGCUCUACCUGGAUGAGUAUGACAAGGUGGUACUGAAAAAUUAUCAGGAGAUGGUGGUAGAGGGAUGUGGGUGCCGCUGAGAUCAGGCAUCCCCAAGGACGCGCACGCGCGCGCACACACACACACACACACACACGUUCCCAUCCAGCCACUCACACAGACCACACAGACUGCUUCCUUAUAGCUGGACUUUAUCUUUAAAAAAAAAAAAGAAAAAACCUAAACAUUCACCUUGACCUUAUUUAUGACUUUACGUGCAAAUGUUUUGACCAUAUUGAUCAUAUAUUUUGACAAAAUAUAUUUAUAACUACAUAUUAAAAGAAAAUAAAAUAAGUCAUUAUUUUAAAGCUA